AUGCAGAUGAAGACCAUCGCGGCCGCGGUGGUGUGGAACUUCGACGUGGAGGUGGUGGACGGGCAGACCGUGGAGCCGAAGCUGUCGUGCCUUCUGCAGAUGAAGAAUGGGGUCAUGGUUAAGUUAGAGUUCUCCAUGAAGGAUCUUGGUGCCCUACAUUACUUUCUUGGUGUCACUGUUGCUCGCAGCAACACCGGCUUGCUUUUGCAUCAGCGGCAGUACUGUCUUUAUAUCCUGGAGCGCGCUGGCAUGACCGACUGCAAGCCGUGCUCCACUCCCAUUGACACCUGCGCCAAGUUAUCAUCUACAGAUGGUCCACCCGUGGCAGAUCCAACGGAUUUUCGCAGCCUUGCAGGAGCACUUCCGUACCUCACCUUCACCAGGCCUGACAUCUCCUAUGCUGCUCAUGAUUUUGUUGUCUACUUUGAUGCUGACUGGGCCGGCUGUCCUGACACUCGCAAGUCUACGUCCGGUUAUGCUGUAUUCCUUGGUGACAAUCUCGUACCAUGGUCCUCCAAGCGCCAGAAUACUGUCUCCAGGUCAAGUGCUGAAGCCGAGUAUCGAGCUGUUGCAAAUGUCGUCGCUGAAACCAGCUGGCUGCACCAAUUGCUCCAAGAGCUGCAUUCUCCUCCAGCCAGAGCUACCUUGGUGUAUUAUGACAAUGUCAGUGCAGUCUAUCUCUCCUCCAAUCCGGUACAGCAUCAAAGUACGAAGCACGUCGAGAUUGAUCUACACUUCGUGCGUGAGAAGGUUGCCCUCGGUGCUGUUCGAGUGUUGAAUGUUCCAAUAUCUUCCUAG